AUGACUGAAAAACAUGUUCUCGAGUGUAAGAAUAUUUCUUUUAUGACUGCGAUUUCCAAUGGGUCUUGGUUCACAAAGAUUUACAAGCCUCCAUCCGUGUUUCAAAUAUUGAAGAAUGUAAGUUUCACUGCUGUAUCCGGAGAAGUUCAUGCCAUUGUUGGAGUUGCGGAUUCCGGGAAAACCACACUUUUGGAGGCAUUGACCAGUGGAGCUGGAGGAGAUAUAGGAGGGAUUGCUAUGUUGGAUAAGUUUAUGCUGACUCGACGUCGUUUCAACAAGUUCUGCUCUCAUAUCAACUACCGUAACCAGUAUCCAUCGUCUCUAUCCGUUCGAUCUUUGCUCUACUAUCACGCCCGUCUCUGUCUCUCCUCAACACAUACAACUCUCGAAAUCGAUCAUCGAAUCAGUGAACUGUCUGCAAUGUUUGAUGUUCUGGGUUACGCUCAUGACAAACUUGAGGAAUUGUCGAUAAGUGCCCGGAGAAGGAUCUUGACUGUUUUAGAACUUUUGAAGGAUCCUAUUCUGACUAUAAUUGAUGAUCCGACUGCUGAUCUGUCGCCUUUGUCAGCAUAUCAGCUAAUCUAUGCCCUUCAUUUCUACGCUGCCAAAUUCAACCGUAUAAUUAUUAUCACUCUCCGAAACGUUCGUUCCGAUCUCUCCCAUCUUCUUGGUUCAGCCACUUUUCUCUUCUAUGGAGAAGUGGCUUACUGUGGACCGAUGCGUCUUCUACCAAAUCAUUUCAAAAAAGCAGGAUAUGAAUGCCCGACAAAUGAGAAUCCAGCUGCAUACUACUUAGCCUUACUAACAAUUGACAAGGAAAGCAUGGAAAAAGUCAUGGAAACUCAAGAGAAGGCUACCAAACUUGUCGCAUUUCGAUCUGAAAACGAAAUUCCAUCUGAGGCAUCUGGAUUGACGGCAACAGGAACUGGAGUUCUUCUGGAUUCCAGCAGGAAGAGUCCAUCAACAACUACCGUAUGCUCAAUCUUAUUUCGUCGAAUGCUUUCAAUUAUUGCUUCCACUCCUUCUACAAGUUUAGCUGGUCUGAUAGCACUUCCCGUUGUGGCUGCGAUUUCGUCAUUCAUGAGACCUACAAAUCUACCUUCUUCUUUAUUUUUCUGGAAAAGUCUCACAUUUCUGUUUCUCCUUAUUCAAAUUUUAGUAAUCUUUCCGAAUUACACAAAAACUCGUCUUCUGAGUUUCCGAGAAUCCAAUUCCUACUGUCAAACCACAAGUCUGGCCAUCUUUUCCUUACUCUUUCUUCUAUUUUCUUCUUUACAAUCCACACUUUUUGUUGGAAUUGUAUCUUGGUCUUACAAUCUCAAUGGAACUUUUCAAAUCAGUCUUACCAUAUUACUGGUGUCAUUGUUCUCGUUUUCGAUAUUUUCAAUUUGUGCCAGAUAUUUGAAAGAUUGCUCUAACAUCAUUUUCCUGCAAUCAAUUAUUCUAUUAGCAUUUUUUGUAACUGGAAAUGGAGUCACCAGAACGUCAACAUCAUCUUCGAUUCUUUAUUACGGAGGAGUUGCAAACCCGUUCAGUUAUUCCAAUUUUAUUCUGUCGAAAAUUUUAUCAAACUCAACUGAAAAUGAAGAAUGCACAUACCCAAGUUACAUUUGCAAAUUAUCGAUGAAUCUCCAUUCUGAUCUAUAUCCACCGUGGUACACUCCAAACGACACUCUCACGAAUUUUUUAAUUCUUUCCUGCCUGAGCACAACAUUUCUUGUUGUUUCUUUGCUAAUUCAUUUCACUGAACCAUCAGUACAACUUCAAAAACAUAUGAAAGCUUUUUAA